AUGAUUUCCAGAUUUUCAUUCCCUAUUGUUAAACACUAUUGGCCAGUCUUCGUCAGUGCCACUGCCAUGUAUUAUGUAGUUGGUAAAGCUGCUGAUGCUUACUCACAAACUGAUGAGUAUAUUAAUGAUCCAAGAAACCCACGUUUCUUAAGAGGUGAAAAAUGGUUGAUUUGA